AAGGCACAGCAGAAGAGGCCUCCCCUGCUCCGCGUCCCCCAGCUGCGCCAGCGGUAACCCCACCCAACCCCUCUGAGCUGUGACACAGCUGUCCUCCUCUCCCCACCCCCUUCCCUUCCCUCCACAGGAAUCCGCCGCCACAAUCCCCUCCGCAUUGCCGGAUUGCGCCGAGCACCAUCCUCCCUUCUUCUCCCGCUCUGGUUCGGUGGUGGUAUGGUGGGAUGAUGACCACGGCGGCGGUGCUGUUGUCUCUCCUCUGCUGCCUCGCCGCCACCGGCCGCGGCGAGGCGGUGUCCGUGGCGGGCGAGGGCGAGGCGGCGGAGCUGGCGGCGGUGUCGGUGGACCCGUCGUGGCGGUUCCCGAACCAGCGGCUGCGGGACGCGUACGUCGCGCUGCAGACGUGGAAGCAGCAGGCCAUCUUCUCCGACCCCAGGGGCUUCACCGCCGACUGGGUGGGGCCAGGGGUCUGCAGCUACACCGGUGUCUACUGCGCGCCGCUGCCGCGCGGGGUGCCGGGCGCCGGGGACCUCUCCGUCGCGGGGCUCGACCUCAACCACGCCGACAUCGCGGGCUACCUCCCGUCGGAGCUCGGCCUCCUCGCCGACCUCUCGCUGCUCCACCUCAACUCCAACCGCUUCUGCGGCCUUGUUCCCGACACGCUCCGCCGCCUCCGCCUCCUCGUCGAGCUCGACCUCAGCAACAACCGCCUCGUCGGUGCCUUCCCGGCCGUCGUUCUCGACCUCCCGUCGCUCAAGUUCCUCGACCUCCGCUUCAACGACUUCGAGGGCGCUAUCCCGCCCGCGCUCUUCGACCGCCCGCUCGACGCCAUCUUCCUCAACCACAACCGCCUCCGGUCGCCCCUCCCGGAAAACUUCGGCAACUCGCCGGCGUCCGUCAUCGUGCUCGCCGACAACAGCUUCGGCGGGUGCCUCCCGGCCAGCCUCGGCAACAUGUCGGCCACGCUCAACGAGAUCCUCCUCAUCAACAACGGCCUCGACUCCUGCGUCCCGCCCGAGGUCGGCCUGCUCCGGGAGGUGACCGUCUUCGACGUCAGCUUCAACGCGCUCGUCGGCCCGCUGCCGCAGCAGGUGGCCGGGAUGCGCAAGGUGGAGCAGCUGGACGUCGCGCACAACCGCCUGUCGGGCGCCGUCCCGGAGGCCAUCUGCGCGCUCCCGCGCCUCAAGAACCUCACCAUCUCCUACAACUUCUUCACCGGCGAGCCGCCGUCCUGCGCGCGCGUCGUGCCUACGCCCGACGGCGACAGGAGGAACUGCCUGCCCAACCGCCCCGCGCAGCGCACGCCGCAGCAGUGCGCCGCGUUCUACUCGCAGCCGCCCGUCGACUGCGCCGCGUUCCAGUGCAAGCCGUUCGUCCCUGUUCCGCCGCCACCACCAUCAUAUCCCGGCCCGCUGCCGCCAGUAUACCCCAUGCCAUACGCGUCGCCGCCGCCACCUGCGCAUUACCGAUGAUCUGGUUCGCUGAUGGGGUGGAGAAAGAAGCACUAUCACUUUCACCUUAAUUCUCUGCCGCCGCCGCCCGCCGCUGCGCUGGAUGGAGACAGACAGCAAAGUUCACUACCGUGUCACAAUUGUACGUGGUCAGUCAUUGUUGUGCUUAGAUUAGCAGUGUUCUUGAUUGAUGAUAGCUACCGGCAUAUAGAAGAUUAUUAUCAUUAUUAUUAUAAGGUGCAUAUAUCGCUCUUGAAUUGCUUUUGCAUUGGUCGGGUCGGUCUCUGUUUUUCGCGUCGAUCGGGGGGUUUGCGUCAUGGCGAUGGUGAAAAGGAUUGAUUGAAGGUGGUGGUGGUGCUGGAGAGGGAACAAUUUGUUUGAGCUUGGAUUGAUUGCUAAUUGGGUUGUGAAUAAUAAACUGCUGCUUGAGAGAGACAGGUUAUGACGAGGAUGAGGAGGAUUGGUUGGUGACUUGCCGCGCGCACCUGGGACUGGGACUGGGAUGUAUAGAGGGAAUUUGAGCUUGAGUUCUUCAGUUAAGCUGCUGCUUUCAGAUGAGAGUCCAGAGAUAAGUUUUCAGACCAAGGAAUGUACCCUACUUAACUAUUCUUUUUUUUUUUGUCACAGCUACUUACUGUUAAUCGAUUGUUAUGAUAUACUAUCUGUGUCGGAGUCUUGGAA